UCCUCACGUGCCCGCGACUUGGGCGCGGUCUUGGUUGUGCUGGGGGAGGGGCGGGAACGGGGCCCUGGAACGCUCCUGGAAUCCAUUGCGGUUGCGCGGGCCGGAAGCGUUGAUUGCUUCUGUCUGUUACUUUAGACAUGGCGGCGGCGGCACAGGUCCCAGUGGGAAGGCUGAGGAGAGGUGGCCGGGCCCGUGGGCCCGGCAGGGGCCUUGCCCUGUGCUGACUGAGAGCGCGGCCGGGAUUAGGUCCGGGACCGGAAUCGGGCCUGGGUCUGUGCCGGCCUGACCGGCCAUGGGGGAUCCUGGUGGCGGCGGCCACGGCGACGGCGACGGCCGCGGCCGCCGGGCUUGGUGCUUGCGGCGGGUGGGGAUGAACGCCGAGUGGCUGCUACUGGAGGAUCGCAGCGAGGUGACAGUUGGUCGAGGAUUCGAUGUCACAUACCAGCUGCUUUCUAAAAUUUGUCCAUUGAUGAUUUCCCGAAACCACUGUGUUUUCAAGCAGAAUGCUGAGGGCCAGUGGACAGUGAUGGACAACAAGAGUCUGAAUGGUGUUUGGCUGAAUAAGGAGCGCCUGGAACCUUUAAAGGCCUAUCCUGUCCAGGAGGGAGACCGAAUCCAACUUGGAGUUCCAUUAGAAAAUAAGGAGAAUGCAGAAUAUGAAUAUGAAGUAGUAGAAGAAGACUGGGAAAAGAUCCAUUUAUGUCUUGCCCUGAAGAACGAUAAGACGGUAGUUAAGUGCUGGAGAACCAAAAGAAAAUGUAGUUUAGAGGAGUUGGAUAGCCCUGGAGCGGACGGCUCUUCAGACUCCAGAACCAAAGUGAAUAAAGUGUCCCAUGACUGUGAGCAGUCAGGGAAGUCCUGUGGAAGAGCCAAAAUGGCCAAACAGGCCCCGAAAAGCGUGGACCAAAAGUUGGCUUCUCCUGGACCAAGUGGAGAGAGAGCAGCCGAGGAUGACCUUCAGACUGUCUCAGAAAAAGCAGCAGCACUGUCCUGCAAGGAGCAGAAAGGCCCAAGCUUGUCGCAGUCUCAGAGCAGCUUGGACAUGCUUAAGAAGACGAUGGCCAAGAUCCUCAAGCUGAAGGUGAAGGUUCAGGAGAAGCAGGUGGCUGUUCUGAGCGUGAAGCAGCAGAGCCACGAGGGGGCCCAGAAGGAGACUGUGAAGAUGGAGGAGGAGCUCCAGGAGUUACAGGACCAGCUGUUUACAGAGCAGGUCCAGCAGCAGCAGAGAGUGGAGCAGUUAGAGAAAAAUUUCCAGGAGAAGGAGCCACACUUAGAGGGUUUGGAAAAACAGCAUGGGGAAAAGGACCUGAAGGAGCAGCUGGCACAGGCCCUGCAGGAGCAUCACGUUCUAAUGGAAGAGUUAAGUCGGAGCAAGAAGGACUUUGAAGCAAUCAUUCAAGCCAAGAAUAAAGAACUGGAACUGACCAAGGAAGAAAAAGAGAAAGUGAGAGCGCAGAAGGAAGAGGUUCUAAACCAGAUGAAUGAUGUACUAGAAAAUGAGCUUCAAUGCAUCAUUUGCUCGGAACACUUCAUUGAGGCUGUCACCUUGAACUGUGCCCACAGUUUUUGCUCCUACUGCAUCAAUGAGUGGAUGAAGCGAAAAGUGGAAUGUCCCAUCUGUCGACAAGAUAUUGAAUCUAAAACUCGCUCUCUAGUGCUGGACAACUGUAUCAGCAAGAUGGUUGAGAAACUGAGCUCUGAAAUGAAAGAGCGACGAGAAAUUCUCACUAAUGAAAGAAGAGCAAAGAGCCUACCUUGAAGACUGAGCUUCUUGCAAUAUAUGUGACUGAGGUACAAGGAGACUUCAACGUGGAUCUAGAGGGACAUUGUUCAGAAGUAGCUUGUUCCUGCCUUUGGGACAGAGACCUGGGCGUGAUACACUGAACUCCUGCCUUCAUCACUAUCAUCUUGUUUACCAGAGCAGCUCCCCAAUUUUGGAUAUUAUUUCUACUUGUCACUUUGUGGAGGAUGCUUUAUCAUAAGUACUUCAUCACACAACCAAUAGGGUUUUAGGGGGUGGGGUUUUUUUUCUUUCCACUUUUAUCAUUAAAACAUCCACAUUGACUUUUUGAGGAACCUAUGAAUUACCCAACUAACUGCCCUGGGAUGGCUAAGGUGUCUUACUGCAGGAGGAAGACAGUGUACCUCUCUAAGGUGGACUUAAAUGUCCCCUCGCAAACAAGAUGUCAUUUCCUAGUAAGAAAAUGUAUCAGCUGGGCUUUGGUAUGUUUACCUUCCUUCCCUUUUAGCUCCAAGAUAGCUUCACAAGCAAAAACUGGCAGCUCGUUGACUGCAGCAAAGCAGCUGUAUUCGGGAGCAGAUGAUACCCCACUAGUGAACAUCAGUCAGGGAGGCCAAAUCAGAUUUCAUUGCCUCAAAGCAGAUGUGCUCUGUUAAGGCCUCACACAAUCAUGUUCUCCUUUCUGCUCCAAUAUGUGGUCACUGAAACAGUUGUUCUAUCCUGCUGCAGGGCUGUUGAGGGGUUUGCCUUCCUUCAGCUGUACAGCUGGAGUUGCCAGCACAUUUUACCAAAUGUCGUAAAAAUAUCAUCUGUCUUCUUAAGAACUAUGUGUAUAUGUAUGUAUAUGUAUUUAAUUAAAAAUUAGUUUUUUAUGUGACUCCCUCUUUUUCUAUAAAAUAAAAUUGUGUCUGGUGGGAGGCAGCAGCCUCAAUGACUACUAAUGAAUCCUUAGCUGCUGAUGACAAGAAUGAGGAAAGACAGGUGUAAAAAUCAGGAAGAGAAAUUCUUACUGCUGGGGGCCCUCCUAGGGUGGUCAAACUCUUUGUUCAGUUGUUGUCAUUCUUGUGAUUUGUAUCCUGAUCUGCUCUUGAUACAUUUAAAUGCAUUUGGAACUGGCUGAACAUAUCCCAGAAAUGUCAGUUAAUGGUUUGUUGUGAACCUGAAUGAGGAUUUCUCAUGACAUGCCACACCACCAGUGAUCUGGAUAAAGACGUCGAUGGCAUCCAUAAAAAUGGUAGUAAUGAUAUUUGUUCUGUCUAUCUCACAGGAUUGUGGUUAAAAAAAAAAAAGCUUUGUAAACAAAGUGCUUUGCAGAUGUGAGUUAUUAUAAUUGUCAUACUUAACCAAAUUCACAAAUUCCCCAAACCUACCCACAGUGCUAAAAAACUCCUUCUGGGUCUCUGCCUUAUUGCAAGGCUUCCAGUGCAGGUUGCAGACGAUUUGUUAUUCCUUGCUCUCCUGGCUGACCCAUCUUUCCCAGGCAUUUAUCUUUGAGAAGCCUUUUGAUAUGUUUCUUACGCAUAAUUCAGAAUUGGUAAUACACUGUAGCAUAUUUAUGUCCACCGUAUGCCUCCCUUCCAUUGCCUUUUGGAUGACACACAAUUUUGAUUCUCUGGGGAUUAUGCUAUUCCAUGAUUUACAGUCGGAGAGUAUUGCUGAAUGUUAGUAUUAAAAAGAUUUUUUUU